AUGAUUAGCGCAUUUCUAUCUCGCAAAACCGGUGUAAAACAUCCUGUGCCUCAAAUCAACGGUACUGAGGACCAACAGCAGGCUGUCAAUGAGAUUCAUCAUCAAUUUAAUGUAACAACCGAGAAAGCACGUACUAUUGUCAAGCAAUUCAUGGAAGAGAUGCAAAAGGGUUUAGAUCAUGAGGGCGCCACAAUGCCCAUGAUCCCCAGUUUUGUCACAGGCCGUCCCACUGGCGAUGAGAAGGGCAAGUACCUCGCUUUGGAUUUAGGUGGAACGAAUCUUCGUGUAUGUGAAUUUGAAUUGAAGGGUGAUGGUCAGUUUUCAGUGCAUCAACAGAAAUAUGUGGUAGCAGAAGAGCUCAAGACGGGAGAAAUGCGUCGCCUCUGUGAUUUCAUUGCUGAUUGUGUCGAUAACUUUGUGUCUGAAUAUGGUGAUGACCGUGCUCAUUCUACAGAGCAUCUUCAAUUGGGCUUCACCUUUUCCUUUGCUGUCAACCAAACUGACAUCAACAGAGGCACUUUGAUGCAUUGGACAAAGGGAUUCAGCUGCUCUGGUGCCAUCAACAAGGAUGUCGUCGUCAUGUUGCAAGACUCCUUCCUUCGCAAAAAUAUUCAUGUGAAUAUCGCUGCUCUUGUAAAUGACACUGUGGGCACGCUGAUGGCCAAUGCUUAUCGUCGUCCUGAUACGUCCAUGGGUAUCAUCCUUGGCACAGGAACCAAUGCUGCAUACUAUGAGAAACUCAAAAAUAUCAAAAAAUGGAAGGGAGGAGAGCAAGUGUUUGAAGAAAUGGUCGUCAACAUGGAAUGGGGGGCUUUUGAUCGUGAGCGUCGUGUAUUACCACUCACCAUCUACGACAAUAAACUCGACCGUGAGUCCAUCAAUCCUCGUGAACAGCUGUUUGAAAAGAUGAUGUCUGGUAUGUAUCUGGGUGAAAUCGCUCGCAAUGCCAUUCUUCAAUAUGUCGACCAUCACGUUCUGUUCAAUGGCCUGUCUUCACCUGAUCUCAACAAGCAAUGGGGCUUCGAAACCUCGUACAUGUCAACCAUUGUUGAUGAUGAUUCAUCUGAUCUUGUCCAAGUGCGUCAUAUCUUGGAAGAAACACUCCUCAUUCCCUCGACUACCUUGGGCGAUCGUCAAGUGGUUCAAGCAAUCUGUAAGGCAGUGGGUCGUCGUGCUGCUCGUCUGGCUGCUUGUGGUGUUGCCGGUGUCUUGGCUCACACGGGCGGAUUAGAUGCUGAUUCUGUUGUUGCCAUUGAUGGCUCUGUUUACGAAUUCUUCCCUCAUUUCGAAAAGCACAUGGUAAAGGCACUUGAGGAGCUCUUUGGCGAUGAGGCUACCAAGCACAUCAAAUUCUCUUUGGCUAGAGAUGGCUCUGGAUUUGGUGCUGCUAUGAUUGCCAUGAUGGCACACAAGGCUGCAUUGGCCAAAUCCAACGGAACAGCUUAA